GGGUCAUCUGGGGUUGGAUCGUCUGGCUCGACAGCGGGCAUCGGGUCACCAGGCAUGACAGCGGGCACUGGGUCACCAGGCAUUGGAUCGUCUGGCCCGACAGCGGGCAUCGGGUCACCAGGCAUGACAGCGGGCACUGGGUCAUCAGGCAUUGGAUCGUCUGGCCCGACAGCGGGCAUCGGGUCACCAGGCAUCAGGUCAUUUGGCUCGACAGCGGGCACCGCGUCAUCUGGCAAGGCAGUGGGCACCGAGUCACCAGGCACAACAGUGGGCUCUGAGUCAAUUCGCACGACAGCGGGCACCGGGUCAUCUGGCGCUGGAUCGUCUGGCUCGACA